UGAUUCAAAACAACCACGUUAGACUGGUUCUGAGUUUGAGGGGAUAGGCAGGCCUCUUUACAGUCUAUGGUUUCUACUCUCUCUGGAGCUAAUAAUCCUCAGGAGGGUCAGCAGGAGACUCAGCGGGACACAGACUCACUCUCCCCGGGUACAGAGCGUCUAUCUCCGGGUUCAGAGUCUCAUUAGUCCGGUCAUGUCCUCCGGAGCCGUGGUCACCGUGAGGCUGGUCCGGUCCUUCGAGCACAGGAACUUUAAACCUGUGGUGUUCCAUGGAGUCAGUCUGGACCAGACCGUGCAGGACUUCAUUCAGAUGGUCAAAGAGGAUGUCACAACCAGAGCUGGACUCCCUCCUCCCUUUAGGAAAUAUGGUUAUGACACGAUGAAGAUCGUCCACCAAGCUCACGGAGCAAAGACUAACGAGUUGGUGAUGAGUUUAGAUGACGAUGAAGAGUUAAUUCUGCGAAACGGUCAGACUCUGAGUGCUUCUGGUGUUACCAAUGAAACAGAGGUGGCGUUCUUCAAGGGAGAAGAUUACGGCCUCUUUAAAGCAAACCCAACAACUGUCUGGUGACCUCUGAGUUUCAGUUAUGGCAGAGAAGACUCUGAAAGGACCGAGGUCAAAGGUCAGGAGCACUGGAACAUUAGGAACAGUGCUGUCAUGUUCCUGCUGCAGACUUUUAAUUUGAAAGGGUUGUUUUUAAAGGGAAGCUCGUUCUCCACCUCACAGGUGUGCCUUUUAUUUCUAUUAAAGUGUUUCUUUUUUAAGGCGAUGUGACCAAAAAGUUUUAUUUUCAUUGUUUUAAAAUAUGUUGAAUAAAGUUUACUGACUGCUGAG